CACGGUCACAUCGACAGGAGCGGCAGCUUCAAGUGCGAGUGGUAUCAAUACUCGACCGACAAGCCCACAAACAUGAAACGUUGCCGAAGGACUCACACUGGGGAUAGGUCGCAAUACUGCUCCAUCUGCACGGUGCGGUUCGCUAACCGGUCACACCUUAACGAACACAUGCAGACCCACACUGGAGAGCGGCCGCACGGCUGCUCCAUCUGCCCGGCACGGUUCACUCGACGGUCACACCUCACCAGACACCUGCGAACCCACACUGAGGAUCGGUCGUACGGCUGCUCCAUCUGCUCUGUACGAUUUCCUGACCGGUCACACCUCACCAGACACAUGCAGACCCACACUGGGGAGCGGCCGCACGGCUGCUCCAUGUGCACUGCACGGUUCACUGUUCGAUCAAGCCUUAAAAAUCACAUGCGGAUCCACACUGGGGAGCAGCCAUACGGCUGCUCUAUCUGCUCGGCCCGGUUCACUGAACGGUCCACCUUCACCAAGCACGUGCGAACCCACACUGGGGAGAGGCCGCACGGCUGCUCUAUAUGCACUGCACGGUUCGCUCAACGGUCACACCUCAUCACGCACAUGCGUAUCCACACAGGGGAGCGGCCGUACGGCUGCUCCAUCUGCAUGGCACGGUUCGCUCGACGAGGGAAUCUCAUCAAACACAUGAGGACCCACACGGGGGAGCGGCCGUACGGCUGCUCACACUGCCAGGCCCGGUUCGCUAACCGGUCACACCUCACUACACACAUGCGGACCCACACUGGGGAGAGGCCGUACGGCUGCUCUAUAUGCACUGCACGGUUCAUUGAUCGAUCACACCUCACCAGACACAUGAUGACUCACACUGGGGAGCGACCGUUCGGCUGCUCCAUCUGCACGGUACGGUUCGCUGAACGGGGACACCUCAAGGCACACAUGCGGACACACACUGGGGAGCGGCCGUACGGCUGCUCUAUCUGCAAGGCACGGUUCACUCAAGGGACAAGUCUCACCUUACACAUGCGUACUCACACGGGGGAGCGGCCGUACGGCUGCUCACACUGCCAGGCCCGGUUCGCUCAACGGGCAAAGCUUAUCAGACACAUGCAGACCCACACGAAGGCUGGCAGCACUGCUGCGACUACUGUCUAAUGGUUCAGCAGUUUGACGCAAAAACUCGAUUUUAACUGGUACACAGUUUUGAGAAUUACACAGGUUUGACUGAUGCGGUAAAUGGCUUGGUUGGCGAAAUGCAAUGCUGAAAUAUGCCGACAAGUGCAUGACCGGCUGUCGUCAUACGUUUGAUAUAUUAGUGUUAUUCAGCUUUUUACGCCCAAUUUAGGGCGGCAGUGCGCACAUUUCAGUAAUAAAAGGGGGCGAUUUCGACAGUAUGCCAUAGUCUGUCAAUGGCGAUUUGUCGCAAUCGGUUGCACUAUUAUUGAGCUGCGUGCACUAUGUCUAUAUUUAGUCGUAAAAAGGUGUAGCUGUGGUUCUCGUUUGUGAGCUUCUUGGCUACCCGUGUGAGUGUCACAUCUUGUUUCUUUAUGUUAACACACGGUGAUUCAGUAGUUGUGUUCUUAACUAUCCGCCUCCACAUAGGAGUUAAGGAGUGUCGCUAUUUGGUACAGUGUCGUAGCGCUGUGAUUUGUGAAUAAUGUCCAGCUACUUUGAGGGACAAUACAUUUUUCGUGACCACCACUCAUUCCUUUAUUCGUAGCAUUUCUGCGCGGCCUUUGUCGACAAGGCGAAGGCCGAAAGG